ACUCUCUCACCAUCACUCACACACAUAACACAUUCUUCUUGUCGUUCAUCCAAAUCCAAUUCCAAGCUUAAAUUAAAUCAAUCAUGGAUCGCAACGCUGCCCUCCUCACUGCCCUCAUCUGCAUUAUCUUCUCUUCCGUCGCCGCUCAAUCACCUUCCUCCUCCCCCACCGCCACCCCAACCACCACCACUCCACCACCACAAGCCAUCUCAUCUCCACCACCAACCGUCGCAUCGCCACCUGUCUCAACUCCUCCACCCGUUGCCACUCCUCCGCCAGUCAGCUCACCACCACCUGUAGCCACUCCACCUCCUGUAUCCUCACCACCACCUGUAGCCACUCCACCUCCUGUUGCCUCACCACCACCUGUAGCCACUCCCCCUCCUGUCGCGUCACCACCACCAGCAGCCACUCCUCCUCCUGCAGCUUCACCACCACCAGCUCCCGUCCCAGUCUCUUCCCCAGUCGUGACUCCAUCGGCUGCACCAUCUCCCUUAACUUCGAGCCCACCAGCACCACCUACUGGAGCACCUUCUCCGGCCGUCACCACCACUGGUGUAUCUCCGGCACCAUCAGCUACUGACGUGAGUGGAGUUGAGAAGAUGGGAUCGAUGGUUGGAAGCUUGGUUUUCGGAUGUGCUCUUGUCUACUCGUUGAUCUAGAGAGAUGUAUAUUUUCUAAAUCGUCUACAGUCAUCAUCUAUGACCGAUAUUCAUAUAUUUUGAUUCAUUGUAUUUUGAAGUGAAAUUAGUUGGGAUUCUUUUGAGGACGAUGUUUUUUUUGUGUAUUUCGGGGGACUUAUUAUAUUAUUAUUAUUAUCUCUUA